UUUCCCGGCAACUACAGCCCGCAUAUAUCAAGAAUAACAGUGUACGGCGGCGAAACCAGUAGCAAUUUAGACCGCCGCGUUUUGACUCGAUCAGUGUCGUCUCUCUUCACUUUGCGACGGUCAUGGAGGGCACCUCUUACCUACCGUCUGAUCCCAAUCAAAGGCCCAGCGGCGCUUCUAAGUUCCUCGCCAAUCUUCCCUCUCGCGGGCUCUUCUCCUCCUCUGUCCUCUCCUCCAAUCUGGGUGGAAUGCGCGUCUACAUUUGUGAGCACAACACCUCAUCUCCAGAGGAUCAGAAAAUUGAGACAAACCAACAAAACAUACUCAUUAGAUCACUUUUGCUCAAUGGAAAAAAGGGUGAUUCCAGUUCCAAGGAUGUAAAGCUUGCAUCUGACGACCAUAGAAAGAGGACUGUUGAAAGAGCUAUGGAUACCAGGGCUUCAGCGAAGAAAGCAAAAACUAACAUUUCUCAACCAGAGGGAUCAAAUGGAUGUGCAGGUGAAAUUUACUUACGCACUCUGACUGUAGAUAGGCUCCGUGCCCUUCUUAAGGAAAAAGGUCUUUCACCUAAAGGGAAAAAGGAUGAGCUGAUUCAACGCUUAAAAAGUGUAAAUGACUAAAGAGUGUUUAUGUGGGUGAGCUCUGCAUGUGUCAAAUCAAGAAGCAAGCAAAGCAGGAUUUUUGUUAGGAUGAGGCCCAAACAAGAAGGGUUAUGAUAUGAUAAUUGAUAAGUGCCUUUAUGCGGAGUAAUUUAAGUAUUAUAGGGAGAGAAAACACUUCGAUCUUGAAGCUUACAUUUUGUUUCUGUAUUACAGAUACUACUUUUUAUAUUUUGCUUUGAUUUUGAAGUUGUAUGUGAAGUAGCACUAUGGCUUUUUACUAUUAUUAUGCAUACCCUUUUUUCUGGUCCCCCACUAUUAUGCAUAAUUUACUAUGGCCGGUUUCUUAUAAAAAACAUAUCAAUUC